AUGUCGGUAGCCGCCCACCUAGGCCACCUGAUGCCCACGGCGCACCUUGCGGAGGGGCUUUCAACGCUCAAGGGCUUCACCGUCUGCCUUGCGGCCGCCGAGUGCCGCCGCGCCAAGUGUGCUGCGCGCGUGGAGGCGGCAGGCGGCAGCUUCCACGGGCUCGCAUCGGAGAUCGACGAGGCCAUCUGCCUGCAGAUGGGCCCGCCCGCUAUGGGCCUCAAGGGUCCACUCGUCUACUACUGUGCCGAGCAAGAGCUCGCGCCGCUGCAGGCCGCAGUGGCCGCGUUCAAGCCAGACGUGCUUGUGGCCGACCUGUUUGGGCUCGCCGGGUUUUGGAUCGCCGAGGCGCAGCAUGAUCUGCCGCUAGUCAUCAACAUGCCCGCCAACUACGCCAUCUACAACAUGAUCACGACCGUGAUCCCCAAGCUGUACGCUGUGCUGCGCUGCCUGCCGUGCAUUAGGCCGCGCCACAUGAGCUGGGAGGCGGUCCGGUUCAUGCGCGAGGAGAUGCGCCCGCGCAUCGCCAAGGCGCACGCUGGCGACCUCAUCAUCCUGCUCAACUCAACUUGGGCAAUAGACGCCCCGCCGCCUCCCGCCGGGCUGCCGCCCAGCGUCGUCAUGACCGGACCUCUCUUCCCGCUCAGCGCGCGGGCGCACGGUCUCAGCGCGGCCAACCCCCGCCAUGCGCCGCUUCUCCGCUGGCUCGACAGCACGCCGUCAGAUCUACCGCUCGUGUACAUCACCACCGGCACACAGGCCACACUCGACGAGCGGCUGGUGCGCGUGCUGCACGACGCUCUCUCGCUGUGCCGCUGCGUCACUUGCUGGUCGCUCAAAGAGGCGGCGCAGGCGCACCUGCCCGCCGCGGCGCUGAGAGGCUCCGACCGACUCUUCGUGGCCUCGUGGAUACCACAGCUUGAGCUCAUGAGGCUGCCGCGCCUCGCGUGCGUCGUGUCGCACUGCGGGUGGGGCGGCGUGCUCGAGACCGCCUCGGCGGGCAAGCCAGUCGUAUCCAUCCCCUUCUUUGGAGACCAGCCUGCCAACGCCGAGCUGCUGAGGCAGCACGGCUGCGCGAUCACCGUGGACCAUAAGAGAUGUACCGCCAACGCGGUGGCAACGGCCGUCUCCCGCGUGCUCGACGAGCCGUCGUUCAAGGCAAACGCCGAGAAGGUGCAGCAGGCGAUGCUGCAGGCGCCCGGAAUAGCGGCGGCGGCGGCGGCAAUUGAGGCGGCAGCAGGGCUCGGGAAGAAGGUCUGA